AAGAAAAAACAGAGAAAGCUGUGUCAGAGCAGAAAAAAAGGUGUAAGAGAGAGACAAAUGAGUCAAUGAAAAAGCACAGUUUUUUGAGUUUUCACUUUCACUUUGCAAUUCUCACCAUUUCAUCUCUCUAGCUGUAUAAUAAUCCCAAAAAAAAUAAAAAAAAAUGAUUAAAAAAGCUAUUUUUAUGAUUAAUUUAAUCAUAUAAUAAAGUUGUAUUCCUUUUUUUUGUUGUUUUUUUUGGUUGGGUGAGGUUUAAGAUUGGUUAUGGUGUUUAAUUGAAGGGAUUCUUGAUUUGGGUCAUCAUGGGUUGUUGUCAAUCUUCAAUCUUGAAGGAGUUGAGCUCAGAGAAAGAUCAGCGUCAUGGGGUGGUUAACGCACGAGCUUCUAACGGCACCGGCGCCGGAGCUGCUGUCGGAGAUGGUGGGGUUCCGGUGUUUUCUGAGUUUUCGCUUUCUGAGCUCAAAGCAGCUACUAAUAACUUCAGUUCAGAGUUUAUUGUUUCUGAAAGUGGAGAAAAGGCUCCGAAUAUGGUUUACAAGGGGAGGUUGCAGAAUCGGCGGUGGAUCGCUGUUAAGAAGUUUACUAAAUCGGCAUGGCCUGAUCCUAAACAGUUUGCGGAUGAAGCAUCAGGUGUUGGGAAUUUGAGGCAUAAAAGGCUGGCUAAUUUAAUUGGGUACUGCUCUGAUGGGGAUGAGAGGUUGCUUGUAGCUGAGUACAUGCCAAAUGAUACACUUGCAAAGCAUCUAUUUCACUGGGAGAAUCAAACCCUUGAGUGGGCUAUGCGUUUAAGAGUGGCUCUAUAUAUUGCUGAAGCAUUGGACUACUGUAGCAGUGAAGGUCGACCACUAUACCAUGACUUGAAUGCAUAUAGAGUUCUCUUUGACGAGAGUGGCGAUCCCCGUCUUUCUUGUUUUGGGCUGAUGAAGAAUAGCAGGGAUGGUAAAAGUUAUAGCACGAACCUUGCGUAUACACCUCCUGAGUAUUUAAGAAAUGGAAGAGUCACUCAAGAAAGUGUUGUUUUCAGCUAUGGAACUGUCCUUUUGGACUUGCUAAGUGGAAAACAUAUUCCUCCUGGUCAUGCACUCGAUAUGAUACGGGGAAAAAACAUUCUUCUAUUAAUGGAUUCACAUUUGGAGGGAAAUUUCUCUACAGAAGAGGCAACUGUUGUAUUUGAUCUGGCUUCACGAUGCUUACAGUAUGAACCCAGGGAGCGACCAAAUACCAAAGACCUCGUUUCAACACUUGGUCCAUUGCAAAGUAAACCUGAUGUUGCAUCUCAUGUAAUGUUGGGUAUUCCCAAGAGUGAGGAAGCUCCACCAACUCCACAGCACCCUCUUUCUGCAAUGGGUGAUGCUUGUUCGAGAAUGGAUCUCACAGCUAUUCAUCAGAUUUUGGUAAUGACACAUUAUAAAGACGAUGAAGGGACAAAUGAGUUGUCUUUCCAAGAGUGGACUCAACAAAUGAGGGAUAUGUUAGAGGCAAGAAAGCGUGGUGACUUGGCAUUUCGGGACAAGGACUUUAAAACUGCCAUAGAUUGCUAUUCUCAGUUUGUAGAUGUGGGAACGAUGGUGUCUCCAACUGUUUAUGCACGAAGAAGCCUUUGUUAUCUCAUGUGUGAUCAACCAGAUGCUGCCCUUAGAGAUGCAAUGCAAGCACAAUGUGUUUACCCAGACUGGUCAACUGCAUUUUACAUGCAGGCAGUUGCCCUGUCGAAGCUAGACAUGCACAAAGAUGCAGCUGACAUGUUGAAUGAGGCUGCAAUUCUAGAAGAGAAAAGACGCGGAGGGCGUGCAUCUUGAUAAUACCCUCUCUUGUAUCAUUCUUUUGGCCCUAUCAGUUAUUCUUGUCAUCACAAAAUUAGCGCAAAUUUCUGUAUCAUUUGUUUUGAGUGUGAUUGUCUUAGAACUAUGUAUAACAAAGGAAGAGAAUCAUUUGCUCUAUUGGUAUAUGCGUAUGUCAGUUUUGCACUCUGAUUUGUCAAAAUAUGAAAAAUAAAUUUCUGAA